UACUGUCAAGUUUACGCGCGUAAAUGCUAGAGUUGCGUUUGUAGUUUAUGGUGAACGAACGUGCCUUCAAAAAAAGUAAUUAAUUUUAUUUAAUUUUGUGCGGUUGCAGAGGCGUUUUGUAGCUAAGUUUUACAUUAAUCCGCAGAUUACAAGAUGUCUGACAAUCCUAGCUCUCCACCACCAAACACUCCGAGCGACUUGGAUCGCCGAAAUCUACGCGCCGCAAUGACCUCUCCGGUUGGCGAGUUUGAACCAUUUGAGAAUGAGGAAGAAAUUCUGGGUGAUAUGACCAUACGAGAUGACAAUUACGACGAAGAUGAAGAUGGGGAAGAGCUGUUUGGAGAUAAUAUGGAAAAUGAUUACCGCCCGGUUCCACAUCUGGAUCGCUAUGAUGUGGAUCAGCUCGACCAGGAAGUGUACAGCGACAUCUCCCAGGCGGAUCGUGCAGCUGCAGAGGCUGAGAUGCGUCGGAGGGAUCGUGCUGAAGGGGUUCACCGUGACGAUCGAGAGCUGUUCUACGAGCGUAGUGACGACGAAGAUGACAUACCAAGAGCCAAAAGGCGUGCCGCAGAAAAAGCAGCCGAAGGUGAGGUGGAGGACACUGAAAUGAUCGAAUCGAUUGAGAACUUGGAGGACACCAAGGGGCAUAGCAUCAAAGAGUGGGUUUCAAUGUUGGGCCCGCGUACAGAAAUUGCUAAUCGGUUCAACAGUUUCCUGAGAACAUUCGUUGACGAUAAAGGACAGUAUGUGUACCGGGACCGCAUUCGACGAAUGUGUGAACAGAACAAGUCAAGCUUUGUUGUGUCUUAUACAGAUGUGGCCAAUAACCAACAUGUGUUGGCUUAUUUCUUGCCAGAAGCGCCGUUUCAAAUGUUCGAAAUUUUGGAUAAAGUUGCAAAGGAAAUGGUUCUUAGCAUCUACCCUACUUAUGAGCGAGUAACAAACGAAAUUCAUGUUCGAAUUUCCGAUCUGCCUUUGGUAGAGGAGUUGCGUACAUUCCGAAAACUUCAUUUGAAUCAAUUGGUUCGAACUCUUGGAGUUGUAACUGCAACCACUGGAGUCCUGCCACAGUUAUCUGUUAUCAAGUACGAUUGCGUCAAAUGUGGUUACAUCCUUGGACCAUUUGUUCAGAGCCAGAAUACUGAGGUAAAACCAGGAUCCUGUCCGGAGUGUCAAAGUGGUGGCCCAUUUUCAAUCAACAUGGAACAGACUUUGUACAGAAACUACCAAAAAGUUACACUACAGGAGUCACCAGGGCGAAUUCCCGCUGGUCGUAUUCCGCGAAGCAAGGACUGUAUUCUACUGUCGGAUCUUUGCGAUCAAUGCAAGCCUGGAGAUGAGAUCGAGGUAACAGGAAUUUACACCAAUAACUACGAUGGAUCGUUAAAUACCGAGCAAGGUUUUCCCGUAUUUGCAACAGUCCUAAUUGCCAAUCAUCUUGUAGUGAAAGAUAGCAAACAGGUUGUGGCUUCACUCACAGACGAAGACAUAUCCACAAUUCAAAAAUUGAGUAAAGAUCCACGGAUAAGCGAUCGCAUCAUUCAAAGUAUGGCACCUUCUAUAUAUGGACAUGAGUAUAUCAAACGCAGCUUGGCAUUGACGUUAUUUGGUGGAGAAGCCAAAAACCAUGGCGAAAAACACAAACUUCGAGGCGACAUCAACAUUUUGAUCUGUGGAGAUCCUGGAACAGCCAAAUCACAAUUCCUCAAGUAUUCGGAGAAGAUUGCCCCUCGUGCCGUAUUUACGACUGGUCAGGGUGCUUCUGCUGUUGGUCUGACAGCUUACGUGCGUAGAAAUCCAGCGACACGCGAGUGGACCCUAGAAGCCGGUGCACUCGUCCUUGCGGAUCAGGGAGUCUGCUUAAUUGAUGAAUUCGAUAAAAUGAAUGAUCAGGAUCGUACCUCCAUUCACGAAGCCAUGGAACAGCAAUCGAUUUCGAUUUCCAAAGCCGGUAUCAUAACCUCGUUGCAGGCUCGAUGCGCCGUAAUUGCCGCUGCCAAUCCAAUUGGUGGUCGUUACGAUCCCAGUUUGACAUUCUCCGAGAACGUAAACCUGUCGGAGCCGAUUCUUUCCCGUUUCGACAUUCUCUGCGUGGUGAAGGAUGAGUACGACCCUAUGCAAGAUCAACAUCUGGCCCGGUUCGUUGUCGGUUCGCACAUCAAAAAUCAUCCAACGAUGGAUGAGGUCAUUCCGGAAUCCCAACCCAUAGAUAGUAUGCAAAUUCCGCAAGAUUUGCUUAAGAAGUACAUCGUUUAUUCCAAGGAGAACGUUCAUCCCAAGCUCACGAACAUGGACCAGGACAAGAUCGCCAAGAUGUACUCCCAGCUGCGCCAGGAGUCCUUGUCGACCGGUUCCUUGCCGAUCACGGUCCGACACAUUGAAAGCGUUAUCCGCAUGUCUGAAGCACACGCACGGAUGCAUCUGCGUGACACUGUGCAGGACGUCGACGUCAACAUGGCCAUUCGUAUGAUGUUGGAGAGCUUUAUCGAAGCUCAGAAGUUCAGCGUUAUGAAGAAGAUGCGUUCAACCUUCCAGAAAUAUCUGUCGUUCCAGAAAGAUCACUCGGAAUUGUUGUAUUUCAUUCUUCGUCAGUUGACAAUGGAUCAGCUGGCGUACAUUCGCUGCAAGGAGGGACCGAGAGCGACCCAUGUGGAAAUCAUGGAGAAGGAUCUUAUCGAACGUGCCAAGACUGUCGACAUUCACAACUUGAAACCGUUUUACGACAGCGAGAUCUUUAAAUCAAAUGGUUUCGCAUACGACGGUAAGCGUAAAACUAUUUUGCAGAUUGUACCCGAAGCUGCGACAGCGUAAUUUUAAAAUGCUUUGUCAUCAUUUUAUAACAAUUUUUACACCGGUUUGUACAACUAGAUACUUUUUACAUACAUAAGGUUUUUUUUAUUUA